CUUCUGACAUAUUAAGUAUAUGAAAAUUCACAAUAAUUGCCUUCCCUUGCAGGAGCAAAUUUUAAAAGAUGAAAUCGAAGAGUUAAACCACAAGGGAAAUCUCAUGCAUCAAGAAAACAUAGAGCUGUAUAAGAAGGUAAGCCUUGUCUCUCAAGAAAAUGCAGGCUUGCAGGUAAAGGUUUAUGGCUCAGGAGGUACAAACACAGCAAACAGGGUUCCACACAUAACACGUGGAAUCAGUCAUGGUUAUGAUUUACCCAUACCUGUCAAUUUGCAGCUAAGCCAGCCACAAAUAGAGAAGAAUGAUCCACCAGCAAAUGGAAUCAAACUGGGGUUACGACUACAUUAGUUAGCCAGAUGACAGCUCCAUACAUAUCGAUUCUGCUGAAAAAUUCAAAAGAAUAGGCUUCAAUCAAUAACAUUUCACAGUUGUGCAACAAGAUGAAUGUCGAAAAAGCAUCAAAACCACCCAAUUUUGGUUCGACAGAUGGAACACCUUUAGAAUCUUCAGAUAUGUACAGCCAUGUAAACUAGUACUAAUGCUGUGCAAAUGGUUUUCUCUAGCUGAAAUUUCUUUGGUUGUUAAUGCUUGUGAUUCUGGUACUUUUAACCGUUUGAUUUAAUAAAUAUGUCGAACCAUUUACUCUGGACAUGUCAUGAUCUGUAGAAAGACUGUAAAACGAAAUGGUUUGUUAAAGUUUCUCACGA